UCGAGUAAAAACAGAAAAAAAUCUUUUCCUUUCUCCCUUAACUUUUUUUGUUUUAUUACGAUUAUUUUUUGUCCGAACGAAAGCUCAGCUGCUGCUCUGGAAAGUUAGGUUGAACUUCAUCAUUACAGAACUGUUUUCUUCGUUCUACUCAAUCAAAAGAAAUGUCUGCACUUAGUCUUCAGGCUCGUGUCAAUACCAGAUCUGUCAAAAAGUUGGAGAAACCUCGGCCCCUCAAACUAUCUACAUCACUAACUAGACAUCCUGAAAAUCGCCUCUCAUCAGGGGGUAUAUCAGUGGAUGAAGUUAUGACCCUGGCAGAUUUAGUUUGCCAGCACAUCAUCAAUGGUAACUGUGAUCGUUCACUUCAAUCUAAUGUUUUGACCUUAAGUUCAAGCCUCAAACUGUAUGGUCAACAACUAGAAACAAUAUACAAAGAUCAACUGGACCGUCUCUUUGUAACAUUUCGAAACGGCUCACGUGAUGAAAAGUUGGACUAUGUAUCAAGACUUCACUUACUUGAGUUGGUUGAGCUCAGGGGAGCAAAUUGGACUGGAGGCGACAACAUGUCUGAUUAUUAUCGUCACAAAAUCUCUCACACUCACCAUGAGCAAGAAGUACUGGAAAGUCCCGGUACACCUAGCAGUGCUCUUGCUGGAUUGGGGCCAUUUGGCCAGGCUGGCCCACUGGCCUUAGGCUUGACUCCAAUGCCAUCACCUACCACUCCACAACCAACUCUACUUGGCCCAGGAGAAAUUCUCAAAACAUCUGGCAAAUUUCCUAAGCCUACUAAGAUACCAAACAAAAACUACUGUAAGGAUGAAGUUGUCAUUCGUAAUUCUGAUUCAGGAAAAGUGAUGGGAAUCAAAGGACGCAGGGUGCACAUGAUCGAAGAAAUGAGUGAAACCAUCAUUUCAUUUCAGAGAGUGAAUCCAGGUGCCAAAGAACGACUGGUUCAAAUCACAGGUCCUACAGAAGAGAAAAUUAUCCAUGCCAGGCAAUUAAUGGAGGACACAAUACGACGUAAUGCUUCACCUGUCAGACCUGAGCAGCCUGAAGGACUACGUGAGCAUCGUGAGACAUUGGGUGGUUCAAGUUCAAGCUUGAAUAGUAGUGCAUCAGACGACAGCGCUCGCAUCUCACAAGGAGGUGUUAGGCGUUCCACCCUGUUGCACAGCUUUUCUACAAAUGAUGCCAGUCUUGGGGAGUACAAGUACACAGUGGCAGUCGGUGGCUGUGUUCUCAAAAUUACUGGAUCUAAUCAUGAUAUAGUGCGGGCUGCAAAACUGGUUUUAGAUGAGUACUUUGCAGGUCAAGACCAUGGAUACUUUGAUAGCUAUGAGGAAGAGUUGCCAUCACCUACAUCCACCAGUGCAAUUGCUACAAAUGCAGCCUCCAUCACCACCUCUUCCCCUAACUUGGGCUCUACUGUGGAAACUGUUCUUGCUGCUUCCUCCGGCGUACCAACACAUUCUGCUGCUCCAUCUGGAACAAUUUUAGCUUCUGCUGUACCUGUUCCUCAGAUAGAAAGUAUUGGAUCCAGUAGUUCCAAUCCACAUACAAUCUCUACCAUUGCAGCUAGCAACAGUGGGGAAAGUUCAACCAGUGAAAGUGAGGAAACCAUUAGAUCUGCUGCCCCACCUGGAUCAGAACUUGUGAAGCGAAAACAGUAUAAUCUUGAAGAACUGUUGACUUUGGCUGCUAGCCCGAUUUCUCGGGAAGCUCCUCUUGAAUGGCAACGAAUUGCCAAAGAAUUUCCGUCAAUAGUGAAGAAGACGGAUCCCUUUGAACCAUCUCAAUAUAUUCGUCCACGAGAUGCUGUCUGCAACACAGUCAUCAGUGCUUCUGAAUCAGGAUCACCAGACCCUGAGUGAAAAGCAAGUACAAAAAAGGGGUUUAAGAUACCUAAUAAAAAUUGUCAAAGCUUCUUUAAUUUAGGAAAUUUUUGUCAGUGAUUCUUUUAAAUGUUUACAUAACUUUCUAACUGACUUGAGGUUAAAUCUUAUUUUUCCUUGUGGUAUUUUUAGGCAAUACUGACUACAUAGCAUCCUCUUAACUGUAUCUGAUUCUAUCUGUACAAGGUAUACCACCAACGUUUGUUUGCGCUGUUCUUUCCUUCCGGUUUUGUCACCAAUGCCAAACAUGAAUGUUUGACUGAGAACUGGAAUUGGUGUGUCCUUGCCGUUAAAAAAUGUGUUAUUUCUCUUUUCAGUAUUGUAUGUUUAUUUAUUUAUUUCUGUAUGUAUAUGAAUUAUAUCCUGAUGCUUCCUUUACUUAAAGAAGUCAGGUGCUGUAGUUAUAAGGUAUCAGUCCUGAUGAUUUGAAAUCUAAUCAAAUCUUUGUGCACUAUUGUGUCAAUGGCAUAAAGUCUUGGUUUCUUUGCCUCUGCUAAAGAUAUUUCUUGAAGUUUAUGAUAUUAGUUUACAAAGGAGUACUUUGAGCAUGUUCCAUUGGAAGAUCUGAAUUGGACAAGUCUUCUGUCAUUAUUCUGCAUUCUGUUCAAAUUAUUUUUUUGUGGGGGACUUCCAUUGCCGAGUUACCCAAGCUUUUCAUUUUUAUAAAAUCUAUUUUUAUUCUGAAGCUUAAGAUUAACGAGCAUAGACCAAUUAGUGAAGUCUGUCUAGUAUUGAUUUGUUGUUUCCUGUCAUUCUUGUCUUUAACCAAAGCGAUUGUAGUUUUAACAAGUUCUGUAAGUAUAACAUGUGAUCAUUUCCCAAAAUAUUCAUUUUUGUUGAUAUUUUGUACCAAAUUUUGAAGUUUGUGUGAUUAUUAGUCAAAAGUGCCGUAAACCAAGGUGCUCCCAGGAAUCUCUUAAAUUUAUGUUCAAUGAGGUACUAUUUUGCUUGUUUACAAAUGACUGUUGGAUCUGAUAUUUCCUUCAUUUAGAACUCCUGUGAUUCUGAUUUUGUUUUCUGUUGCUCACAUAAUUAUGUUUCAGUAUUGAAAUUAAUGUAUUGACCACUGUUUGUAAUGAUCUAUUACUAAUCUCAUGUGUAUUUGAUAGUGUUGUCAAAAUGUAUUAAAGUCACUCCCCUCCUCUUAAAGACUGUGACCUAAUGUUUUUGUUACAAAGAAAUUUUAUUGUGAUUAUAUUCUAUUAAAAUUGGAAAUAAAUUUGCGUUAAGACUA